AUGUCACCCAGCGCCGCCGCCCAAGGUGACAGCCAAUACCUCGAGCGGGUGUAUUCUGCCAAGUCACCUUCCGAGCUCAAGGAGAUCUACGAUGCCUGGGCCCCAGAGUACGAGCACGACCUCGUUGGCUCGCUAGGCUACACAGCACCCAAGAAAGCAGCUGAUGCCCUUGCGGCUGUCCUUGCUCCGAGCCCCGACCUCAAGGUCCUUGACGCGGGCUGCGGUACUGGCCUGGUUGGAGUCGAGCUGCGCAAGCUCGGAUUCAACAACAUUGACGGCAUCGACUUGAGCCAAGGGAUGCUCGCACAGGCGGCCAAGACGGGCGCCUACGCCAGCUUGACCAAGGCCGACCUCUCUGGCCAGCUCGCAAUCCCAGGCGACUACUACAACGCCACGAUCUGUGUCGGCACACUGACGGAGGGGCAUGUCGGUCCGAAGCGAUCGCAGAGUUUGUCCGUCUGA